CACAGGAUGGAAAUUCCUGGUGUCCGCAGGGAGGGCGCGCGUGUGAAAGGCGCAUUGAUGCAGCCGGAGACAGCCGCGGCAACAGAGAGCGUUGGGGCCAGACACUGACCAAUUCAGCUGCCUCCCACCCCCUCUUCCUAACGGGCCAGAGCUCAGCCGAGUCUUUCAGCCGCUCAUUCGGCGUGACCAUGCGCUCCUGCAACCCGGCUGCUGCCUCCGCUUCUGUCCGGCUGCACCUCUGCCUCCUGCAGCUCCUUCUGCUGCUGCUGUGGCCCGCGCCUUUGGGCGGCACGGAGAACCCCAAAGGAAAGCAGAAAUCGCAGCUCCGCCCCAGGGAGGUAGUGGACCUGUAUAAUGGAAUGUGCAUUCAAGGACCUGCUGGAGUGCCUGGCAGAGAUGGAAAUCCUGGAGCCAAUGGCAUCCCAGGUACUCCUGGAAUCCCAGGUCGAGAUGGAUUCAAAGGUGAAAAGGGUGAAUGUCUGAGAGAAACUUUUGAAGAGACCUGGUCACCUAACUAUAAACAGUGUUCAUGGAGUGCACUUAACUAUGGAAUAGAUCUUGGGAAAAUUGCAGAAUGCACAUUCACAAAGAUGCGCUCUAAUAGUGCCCUCCGGGUGCUUUUUAGUGGAUCACUUCGACUAAAAUGCAAAAGUGCCUGCUGUCAGCGGUGGUAUUUUACAUUCAACGGGGCUGAAUGCUCUGGACCACUUCCCAUUGAGGCCAUAAUUUAUUUGGAUCAAGGAAGCCCAGAGAUGAAUUCAACUAUUAACAUUCAUCGAACUUCUUCAGUGGAAGGUCUAUGUGAAGGAAUCAGUGCUGGUUUAGUGGACAUUGCUGUCUGGGUUGGUACCUGUGCAGAUUACCCCAAAGGAGAUGCCUCAACUGGAUGGAAUUCAGUGUCCCGAAUCAUCAUUGAAGAACUCCCAAAAUGAAUCCCGCAGGUCCUCAUUCCCUACCUCCUUUUGAAUACAACUUAAACAGUUUAUUUUAUGAAACAUUUUGUACUUUGAAAAAAUAAGUUAAACUUUUUUUUUUUUUAAAACAGAUGUAAUCUAGUAUUGUGUAUUCAGACUUUCUUCUUUUUUUAAUGUCAUGUUACAAAUGUUUAAGACAAUUUGAGGAAUUUGCUGUUGGUACAAACAUUCCUUCCCACUUCCCUGCCUUAAAAAUAACCUCUCCCAGGUCCCAUUAGUAAUAACCUCAUUUUUGUCAGACAGGCUUUCUCUUUUCUCCUCACCUACCUCUUCUCUAUCAACAUAGCAUCUAAACAAAUUCAUAACGAGAACCAUUAUAGAAGUUGGGGUUGUUUAAAAUUGUUUUGUGUCUGUUAAAUAAAGCCUACUAUAAAAAAAUUUAAAGCCUCAAGUCUCUAAAUGAGGAGCUAUUAAAGAUUUUAGAGCAGAGACCAGAUAUAAUCCAAAUUGGUCUUUUCUUGAUCAGUUGAAUUUUUCUUAAAAUUGAAAGAGAUGAUCAGUCCCUCUUGUUCAGAUUAUUUUUCUCAGUUAAUAACAAAUGCCUUUCUCAAUCAGUGAUUUUGUGGUAUAUCUAUGCCUAUAAUGGGAAUAGAAAAAAACAACACUACAUGUAAAACUCAUGUAUCCAAAUUUACCUUUUUUUUAAAUUAAUAUUUCAUUUAUCCCUAAUCACAUGCAAAAUAAUCUUCAACAUCCAUUUUCUAUAAUUUUUGAGUGCCAAAUUCUCUUCUUUCCUCCUUCCCCAUUCCUCACCUGGAAGGAAAGCAACUUGAUAUAGACCACACAUGUGCAGUUAUAUAAAACACAUCUCCAUACCAGCAAAUGAGAUAAUUUUUUGGAACACUUUUUUUAAGUGGUGACCAAAGUUUCCUCCUGGCAAGCUGGAGAUGCGAACAUUGCAAAUCUGCAAGUCAGAUCAAUUCACAGCAGUUGGUGGGUAGUGAUAUCCACCUUCUCUUUUUAUAUAGGAAAGGUCCCUUAUCAGAUGUUUAUUGAUAUUUCAUCAUUCCCUCCGCCCCUGAAUCCCCAUUUUCCAGGAUUCUAGGGCAGUGCUUGAUGGGGAAGCAAGGAUCUUUGAUCUUUGGGAUCUUUGAGCCUUAUGAUUGGUUGAUGGAUAAAAGUUCCACAAUGAAUAUUUACCCAAGAAAACCCAUUUAUCCAAAUCAGUGGCAAAAGAGAAAUCAGACAAAGUAAGGAAAUAUAUAUAUACCAGAUGAUGUAGAGUAAGAUGUUCCUAGAUCUUUGGGGAAACUCCCCGAAGUCUCUAGUGUAGCAACUGGGGAUAAGGAUAUAAUUGAAAUUGCUAGGUCCAUUCAUGUCUUCCCAGAAUCUUUUCCUUCAGCAACCUGAAGUUGGAUUGAGCUCUUCCAUCUUCCCUCUUGAAGCAAAAAACUGGAAGCAUUGAUUGCAGACCUCAGAGGGACAUGAAGCUUGAAGAGUCCUGCCUUUUAGAAAGGGAAGGAUAUUUUUCUCCAGCAAUGAGGAGAGUCCCAUGCCAAUGGGUUUGAGGAUUAAGGUUACACUGUGAAAUAUUCAUCUGUAAAUUUCCCAACACCCAAGGACUCAUCUCUCUUAUCGGUGGCAGUUAUUUUAUAAACAAUUUCAUGGCAAAUAAAGAAGAAAGGUGUUAUUGUUCAUUCACAGCCUAAAUUUAUGACUUAACUACUGAGACAAUCUCCAAAAUCUAAAAUUUAAUGUAAACAGGUGAAAGUUCACCUAGGGCUCUUUAUUAUUUCAUGUACUGAGCUGUCUUGAACCUAUAAGGUGAUCCAGCUUUAAACUAUUAAAAUGUAUGAAUUUUAUUAAUAAUGUAUGAAUUAUAUGCCAAGCAAUGUCAACUCACUUAUAUUCACAAAGAAGGGUUGUAGUAAAAAUCCUAAAUGGUAAAUAUCCUUAUAGACAUUAUGAGAAAAGUCAUAGCAUCCAUAAACAUUACAAAAUGAAUUAGAGCAGUUAUUAUGUAGCUAGCUAUGCUACAUAUACUUUAGGGAGAUUAAUCUAAUCUGGCUGCAGCAUUAUAGCUUGGCUGUUGGAUAGAGGAAAGAGAUUGAAGGCAGGCAGAAUAGUGGAAGAAGUCAUUGUAAUAGUCCUGGUAAGAAUGGUGAGGGCUCAGACUAGGAUAGAGAGAAGUUUUAGAAGUAGAAUUAGUUGAACACGGCAACAAAUUAGAUGGUCAGUGAUGAGGGAAUUGAGGGAAAGGGAGGAAUUAAUGGUGAUGAUCCUGAAAUUUAUAACUUAGAUAGCAGUAAGGAUUUGAUUGAAAUUAAAAGUCUAGAGUGAAUGAGAGAAAUUGGAAGAGAUUUAUCAUCUAUAGGUAAUAGUGGGAGUUGUGGAAAGGAAUGAAAGUGAGAGGAUUGUGACUACUAAUUUCAAUUCAAUGAAUAUUUAUUCCCCUUAUGGGGAAAUCAUGAGAUAGAGGUAGCAUAGCAUAAUAAAUGAAUGAGUUAAGGACUUAAGUUCAAAGGUUCUAAUGCACCAACUGAAGGGAAAGACUAUUAGAAAGGAAAGACAAAACAGCUGAGGACAGAAUCUCUUGGUUCUAUCAUCUAUAAAAUGAGAGGUUGUGAAUAAAUGGCUUCUAAUUCUAAAUCUGGAAGCAUUUAGGUGGCAC